GAACCGUCGGCCUGCCACACGGAGAGCAGACUUGCGCUCGAGGGUGCGCUCAAGAGUGCGCAGUCACGACACUGUUUGUAAACACCGCUAGCUAACCUGGCUAACGCUAGCUACACCCGAAAGAAGGUAUUGGCUACAUGCUGAGUUGAGACCUUCAUGCCACAUUACCCAGGGCUACAAGUCCUAAACCUUUUGAAGCUAUCGGAUCUCUCAUGAGCUGCAGAAUGACUGUACCAAAGACAUCCUCAAAAUUAAGCAGAAUAUCUGUGUGUCUGCUCCAUGGAAAUGCACUAUUAGGUUAAAUUCUUAUUUGGGAACCUACAAGCUGAGUCAGAAAGGAGGACACAAUGCCGUGGCCCUUUUCAGAGUCCAUUAAAAAGCGGGCCUGUCGGUACCUGCUGCAUCGGUAUUUGGGCAACUUCCUCCAAGAAAAGCUAAGUUUGGAACAGCUUAGUUUGGACCUCUAUCUCGGCACAGGUUCCCUUGCACAGGUGCCACUAGACAAGUGGUCACUGAACGAGAUUCUGGACUCGGUGGAAGCCCCUUUUGAAGUGACCGAAGGCUUCAUCCAGGCUAUUUCCUUGACUGUACCAUGGGCUUCGCUGCUGCAGGACAACUGUUCCUUGGAAGUGAAAGGCUUGAAAAUGGUUUUCAGACCCCAGCCUCGUACGACAUCCGGCAUGGAGCCUAUGUACUGGUCUAGCUUCAUGACCAGCAGUAUGCAGCUGGCCAAGGAGUGUUUGAGUCAGAGACUCACUGAUGACCUGGGGGAAAGUUUCCAACCACUGGAGGGUCUGGAGAAGUUUGCAGAGACCAUAGAGACGGUGUUAAGAAGAGUCAAGGUCACUUUUUUGGAUACAGUGUUCAGGAUUGAACAUGUUCCAGAUAAUUCCAAAACAGGUAUUGCCCUCGAAAUCCGAAUCAACAGGAUGGUUUACUGUGACGAGGCUGGUGAAAAGAGCUCCAGCGUGAAUGUGCACCAGCCCACCACGUUUGCACAUAAAAACCUGACUCUGGAUGGCACCACUGUUUUCUGGGACGAGUUUUCGGAGACGUCACGUGCCAGCCUUAAAUCUUCCCCCACUCAAUCAGAUACUGAGCCUAAGUUGUCCCCAAGCUGGAAUCCAAAAAUCAUCUGCGAGCCUCACCCCCAGUUCACAGAGCCGGUCUGUGCCAGCACGCCCUUUGAACCCGUGCAGGUGGGCUGCCUCAGUGGCAGACUGGAGCUGUCCCUGGUGCUGAAGCAGAAUGAAGCCAUGCCUGGAGCCAAGUUGGAUAUCGACGGACAGAUUGAUUCAUUGAUCAUGCUUCUCUCGCCACGUCAAGUACACCUCCUGCUGGACAUGUUUGGCAUCUUCUCCAGUUCAGCAGCACAGGAGUGGCCUGGCUCGGCAAAGGACAGGAAAAGUCGGCCCAUGCAGCAAGAGGAUGAGUACCGUCUCCAGCUGGAGCUCAACCGCUGCCUGAAAAAGGAGCCGAUGGCCGUGGGUGGCGAACACGACUUGUUCGAGAGUCAAACUACAAGAACGGUGUCCAGCAGAGCAGAUGAUGUGUUUUUCUCUAUGGCUGAUAUGGACAUGUCACACAGCCUAUCAUCUCUACCUCCUCUUGGAGACCCGCCCACUGUCGACCUGGACCUAUCGCUUAACAGCAACUAUUCCGCCUCUCUGGGGGAAUCGCCAACUGGCAGUGCAGCUGCUGUGUGGGAUGAGUAUGUGGAUCUGCCUAAACAGAAGGAGAAACUGAUUCAGGAGACCCCACUGUUCUCCAGAGACUCUCAGCUCCCACACAACCUGUACAGGCAGACCUCGCAUCAGUCCAAGGGCCACUGUGAUGAGUCUAGGCCUGAGAUGGUCUUCAGGCUGACGGUGGGCAAUCUAUGCCUAUCUGUGCUCCACAUCGAUCCCCUCCCACCACCAGACUCCGCCCUUAGCCCCCUUGCACCAAUGGCUUCUGAGUUCUUCCGCAUGGUGGCUGUUGAUCAACUCCAUGUGGGAGGGUUCCUCCAAUCCCGAGCUGUUUUUGACCAAGCCUGUCCGCAUGACCACCUCAGGUUUAUAGGUCAGGGGUUAAAGGUGACAUAUGAGUACUGCCAGGGCUCUGGCCUACGCGCUCUCAAUACGGAUCUGUCCCUGAGCCAUAUGGAGCUGCUGGAAUGCCUCUACCCCACGGAGAGCCACAGCCGCCGCAUUGCCCACUACACAGAGCUCCUCACGUUUGAUGUGCCUGCCAGCAGCGGGACUCCCAGUUGUGCUUGUCUCCAUCUGCUGUACAAGCUAACGGAGCGCAGGGGCCCUCAGGGCGGGCAGGCGCGUCUGAGCGCUAUGCCCCGUAAAGCUGAGUUCCUGGUGGAGUUGGGGAGGGCUCGGUGUGAGUGCGACAUUAGCAUAGUGGACCGCCUCAACUCCCUGCUCCAGCCCCAGAAACUGGUCACCACGGAGACCAUGGCCUCCCACAUGUACACCUCCUACAAUAAACACGUCAGCCUACACAAGGCAUUUGCGGAGGUGUUUUUGGAGGACAGCCGCACCCCGGCACACUGCUUGGUGUCUGUAUCGGUGAACGCCCCCCUGCUAGUGCUGGUAGUGCGCUUCCCAAUCCCGGACCUGCGCUCGGAUCAGGAGAGGGGCCCCUGGUUCAAGAAGUCCCUGCAGCAGGAGGUACUGCGUCUGGAACUGGAGGACCUGGAGCUCAAGACCGAGUUCACAGGAGGUAGCUCUCCAGAGCAGACCAAGAUGGAGCUCACCUUCAAAGAGCUCAGUGGCACAUUCCAGAAUGACAAAGAUCAUACUGCAGCCAGGUUCCUGCGCGUGUCUCAUACCAUGGAGGAGAACAUGACCUCUUCCGACAGCGGAAAAUUUGACUGGCCUAGGGUGGUGCUGAAGGUGAACCCCAUGGCUGUGCACUCCAUCUUGGAGCGGGUUACUGCUGAAGAGGAGGAGGAGGAGGAAGGUGCUGAAGGUGGUUCCCAGGAGGAAGAGGGAGAGGAGGAAAGCGCGGCGCACUCCUUGAAAGAUGUGUGUGACUUCAGCAAACCCGAGCCCUCGCCCUUCUCUUCACGACGCGUCAUGUAUGAGAAUGAAGAGAUGGUCAUCCCAGGAGACAUGGUGGAGAUGACAGAAUUCCAGGAGAAAACCAUCAGCAACUCCCGUUAUAUCUUGGAACUCUCUUUCCCCAAUGUGCAACUGUCACUACCCAACAAAAGCUUCUAUGAGAAACUGCACAACAGGAUUAACAAUGACUUGCUCCUAUGGGAGCCCACGGCUCCGUCGCCCGUGGAGACGGUGGAGGCCAUGCCGUACGGGGCGGGCCUCUCCGUAGCCAGCCAGCUCAUCAGCACCUACGGCAAAGACAGCUUCAGCCAGUUCAGGUCACCCGGGCCUGAUGAGGAGGAGAGUGGCUCCGAGGAAGAGACCCUCCCGUACCACGCUUCUGUUGAGCUGGGCUAUAGGAACAUGAGGAAAAGAAAGACCAAGAUGCAGUCCAAGAACUCACAGAGCUUGUUUUCUGUACUCCUGUCUGUCAAUCACAGCCUGGUAGCUCUGCACACACAGGCUACGCAGGAGGAUAAGGGUGUGUUGACGAAUAGACACGGCGAGUUCUGGAUGGAGGUGAAGAACGCAGUCAUGUUCAGCGUGACGCAGUAUGAGGGCUAUAAGGACCAGCACUACGUCUGCUUCCACACCUCCAGCGUCUGCCUUUAUCACCACGGCGCAGUGGAAGGCGAUGUACCUGUGUGGGAUGUGAAGCUGCCGUGCAGGACACGUCCUCAUUGGCUGGAGCCCAUGGUGUAUGCGUGCGAGUCAGAGAGGGCGGCGCCCUCUGAGGGGCUGGGAGUGGAGCCUCACAGCAUGCUGUCCCUUGCCCUUAAGAUCUCCUCCCACAGCACUGAGCGCAAUGUCAAGGAGUUCCUGAUCGCUGUUGGGAUAAGGGGAGCCACACUACAGCACAGAGUGGUGCCCUCCAGUCUUGGCUGGUAUGACCAGAUAGUAGACUUCCUCAAUGUGUCGGAUGAGCCUGUGCUUGGCUAUACUCCUCCAACCUCUGUUACGACCCUCCACCUCCACCUGUGGAGCUGCUCUCUGGACUACAGGCCACUGUAUUUACCUGUGAGGUCUCUGCUCAUGGUGGAGACCUUCAGUAUCUCGAGCAGUGUUUCCCUGGACCACUCCUCAUCCUCUCUCAGAAUCAUUCUAGAUGAGGCAGCGCUGUUUCUGUCUGACAAGACCAACACAGUAUCUGUCAACCUGGCUCGAGACUAUGUGCAAGUGGUGGACAUGGGCACUUUGGAGCUAAGGAUCACAGCGGUCAAACCUGGCACAGACGGAGUGCGGACGGAGCCGAGGUUCGAGCUGCGCUGCUCCAGCGAUGUCAUCCACAUCCGCACUUGCUCGGACUCGUGUGCCGCGCUGAUGAACCUCGUCCAGUACGUGGCCAGCUAUGGUGACCUGCUGCCUCCCUACAGACAGGACAGCAGGACCAGCAGCAGCAAGCAGAGAGUGAAGCCGGACUUGGCUGAGCAGCUGCCGAGCCAAGCAGCGCCGCUCCCCGAGGCCGAGCAGACGCUGCUGCAGGAGCUGAUGAGUGAAGCCAUGGAGGAGCCGGACAGCCAGCAGAGCCAGCAGAUCCAGCCCAAUGGUGUUCAUGAUGAUCAGGUGAGCGAUCACGAACCACCGCGCUCUGAUCUCUUCCUCUUCCCGGACGAGAGCGGGAGUGUGGGCCAGGAGCCCAGCCCCACCUACCCAACGCUUCACUCGCCCCUCAUCUCCCCACACAUCCCCAGCACACACCGCGACACUGAUGACUUCUGCAUCCUGGACACUCCGGGCUACAGGGCAGUGGACAGAGAUGAAGAGCCAGUGGUGCAAAGACUGACUGCAGAACCCAUUGUGGUGCUGGAGAACUACUUCAGUGAGCCUCUAGAGGGCAGCACCACAAGCAGAGGCCUGCUGCACUUCCCUGUGCCUGAGAUCAGGUACUUUGUGAAGGAGAUCUCUGUGGUCUGGCACCUGUAUGGAGGAAAGGACUUUGCCGGCGGGCUGCUCUCCUCCUCCCCGGCCCGUAGCCAAGGGUGUACUCCUCACAGUUCCCCCUCUCAGACACCGGUGAGGCAAGCCAGAAGUGGCUCCCGCUCUAGGGGAGGCAGCAACAGGAACCCCGAUGUGCUGAUGGAGAUUCAGCUUAGCAAGGUGCGCUUCCAGCACGAGCUGUAUCCCCAGGCGUCAGCGGAGACGGGCCUGCCUGCAGAGCAGCCCGUUUCCAGGCAGGUGUUCUCCGUGCAGGACCUGGAGAUACGAGACCGACUGGCCUCCUCCAUGAUGAACAAGUUUCUCUACCUGUAUUCCAGCAAAGAGAUGCCCAGGAAGGCUCACUCCAACAUGCUGACGGUCAGAGCGUUGCACGUGCGGCCCGAGGUGGGCCAGGCUCCACAGGAGUGCUGUCUGCGCGUCUCCCUGAUGCCACUGCGCCUCAACAUCGACCAGGAUGCUCUCUUUUUCCUGAAGGACUUCUUCACCAGUUUGGCUGCUGAGGUGGAGCUCUUCCCACCACCAGAACAGGAAGCACUGUAUGUAUCCAUGAAAAAGCCUCCUGGGCCAGAAGUAGCUUGUACUUUCUCUAAGUACAGCGGAGGGGCGGGGCAGGACCCUGCGCCAAUCAUCUCCGUGCCCACCCACAGCCGUUCCAGCCAGAACGGCCUUGCGGCAUCCAGCCAAGACUUCGUCCCUGAUGCUGCGCACCCAUCCUUCUCUGACCAGCCCAUCUUCUUCAGAGAGUUCAGAUUCACUUCUGAGGUGCCAAUCCGGCUGGAUUACCAUGGAAAACACAUGGCCAUGGAGCAGGGCACUUUUGCAGGUAUCGUAAUUGGGCUGACGCAGCUGAACUGCUCCGAGCUGAAACUCCGGCGACUCUGCUACAGACAAGGGCUAUUGGGUAUGGACAAGCUCUUUUCUUAUGUCAUUAACGAAUGGCUCAAUGACAUAAGGAAAAACCAGUUGCCGGGGCUGCUUGGUGGAGUGGGGCCCAUCCACUCUUUAGUGCAGCUUGUCCAGGGCUUUAGGGAUCUGGUGUGGCUGCCCAUAGAGCAGUAUCGGAAAGACGGAAGAAUCGUGCGCGGCUUCCAGCGGGGUACUGCCUCAUUCGGGACCUCCACUGCCAUGGCAGCUCUGGAGCUGACCAAUCGCAUGGUGCGAACCAUCCAGGCAGCUGCAGAGACAGCCUAUGACAUGGUGUCUCCAGUGCCAGAUGAGAGAGAAUGCAAAAAGAUCAAGCGCUACUCACAUUAUCGACCGGCACAUCAACCAGUGGAUCUCAGAGAAGGUGUAGCCAAGGCUUACAGUGUGGUGAAAGAGGGAAUUACGGACACAGCCUUGACGAUUUACGACACGGCCACGCGUGAGCAUGAGCAGAGGGGCAUGACUGGGGCCGUGGGUGGGGUCUUGCGCCAACUUCCUCCUGCCGUUGUCAAGCCUCUGAUUGUUGCCACGGAGGCCACCUCCAAUGUGUUGGGGGGCAUGAGGAACCAGAUCCACCCAGAUGCCCGCCAGGAAGAGACACAGAAAUGGCGUCUGGGAGAUGAGUAAACUUGUGCUCUCUUCCUGAUGGAUGUGUUGUUCAUGCUGAGUGGCUAACUUGGAUAGCUGUGCUUCCUUGGUUGAGCAGCGUGUAGAUGACUACGGUCUUGAACAGAUGAUCCAUUGUCUGCACCUCCAUUUUUAUUACUUUCAGUUUUUAGAGCUAUGGUUUUGUUACCCUGGAAAAUUCACUCUACAGAGACAAUGGUAGAAAAACCCUGCUGAAGGGUAGAAGGAACUGGAGCCAUCUGCUUUUCUCUUGUUGUUGGCACUGCUCUUCCUUAAUAUUUAUCUAGACGUAAUGGACCCAACAUUGUAGAUCAAAGCUGCAGCACUGGAGAAACACAUUAAUAGUAACGGAGUAGAUUAAUCAAAAUUUGUCUGAAACCUCUUCCUUCAUCUGUGGUAUCAGUGAUCAUCUGUAAACUGGCCUUCCUAACCCUUCGCACCAAACAGACAUCCCUGUAGUGCCUUCAUAGCAUCAUUAUAAAACAUUCAUUAACAUUGUUUCAAAUUUUUCAUGAUGGGAUGUCCUAAGUAAAGCAAGGUUACUGUGCCAUUUUAUUUUGCCCCCCAUGGUUAAGUGCUCGGUGAGUUUCCACUGCUUCAGUCUAGAGCUUGUAUGGUCACAAGUAGGCAUGAUGAUCCUAACGGCACAGUACUUUUGGCCGACUGGGUAACUAAUACUGAUGAAGGAUAAAGAGAAGCUUUUAUUAAAUGCCAUUGUUUCCUGAAGAAUCUAAGGAAUGAGUAUGGGAUUAACAGACAGAUGGUGCACUUUUUUGUUGAUGAUGAUUUAUAUAGCAUCUCUUUAUACCCUGUCAUUUAGGUCAGUCACUCAGUUUAGGAAAAUUCUCAGUUGUCUUAUGACCACACUGUUAGGUUUUUGCUUUCAAGACUGUAAUGAAUUUCCGAUGUACCUGAAAACCCUCCAGACUUUGUUUUGACAAAAAAGCUUGCAUUUAAACGUACACUUGCACUUUUUACUUAGGCUAACUUGUAAAGAACAGGAUGUGUUUUUGUCAGUGACACCAUCAUGUGGCUGCUUACGAGACAUUUCCUAAGCAGCUGUACCAGAAAUGACAUUUUUGGACAAGGACAGAAACAAUUUGUGUAGGUUUUCCAUAUACCAAAUGUUAUCAUUGUAAACAAGGAAGCAAAUGUAACUUCCACUCAUCCUUAUUUAUAUCAGAUGUGAACAUUGCGCAAUUCACAUAUUACACUUGCUCUUUUUUGUGUAAGACAUUACUAAAUUAAGAAUUUAAGAAACAGACAGAUGCAAUGCACUUGCAUAUUGUUUUUGUUGUAUGGUUCAUUUCAAAUGCUAGUGCGUUCUUGUAAAUAAUUGUACAGAUAAUUCCCGCGGUUUGUAUGGAAGCAUGUAUAAUUGGGGGAAAAAAAGGGAAAUAAACUAUUUAAUGUGCAUUAA